GCAGUCCUGCUAAGCCAAAGAACUAAAACAUUCAAUGGAAAUUCUCCUUCACCCACUGCAAACUAACAUCCCCCCAAAGAUUUAGGAAUUGGCUUCUUUCUUCACUAAGGAUAAAUAAUAUGCCUAGCAAACACCGUUUGAUGAUGGAUGGAGCUAAUAUCUCCUGGCACCUUCCUGCAUACCUGCCUGAAAACCAGAACUGAAAGCGAAUGGGGAUUGAAUUGCUCUGCAUUUUUUUCCUAUUUCUACAAAGGAAUAAGAAUGUACAAGGAAAUUGUGAUUCAGGGAGUGCCAUGAACUGUGAAGAUUGUUUGCUCUCUGGACCAAGCUGUGGCUGGUGUUUCCAAGAGAAUUUUACUGAUCCAUCUGAAAUUCAUAAAAGGUGUGACACUCUUGAAAAGCUUAUUUCAGAAGGAUGCCAUCUGAAUUUAAUUGAAUUUCCCAUUUCCAAAGUAGAGAUCCAUGAAAACAAGCCCCUGAGUGAUGGGCCACAAAUAAAUGGUUCAAAAGUUACUCAGAUUUCUCCUCAAAAGAUAACUAUUUUCCUGAGACCAGGAAAUGAAGAAACGAUACAGAUCAAUGUUCGUCAGACUGAAGAUUAUCCAGUUGAUCUCUACUACCUCAUGGACCUUUCAGCUUCUAUGGAUGAUGAUCUGAAAACCAUAAAGGAACUGGGGUCUACUUUGUCCAAAGAAAUGUCUAAACUCACAAGUAACUUUCAGAUGGGCUUCGGGUCUUUUGUUGAAAAACCAGUUUUACCAUUCAUCAAUACUCUGACGGAAGAUCUGAAGAAUCCUUGCCGAAAUGUCCCAUUUGAUUGUUUGCCAACAUUUGGAUACAAGCAUGUUCUGUCGUUGACAAACGAUGCAGAAAGAUUCAAUGAAAUUGUGAAAAAACAGAAAAUCAGUGCAAAUUUAGAUACUCCAGAAGGAGGAUUUGAUGCAAUUAUGCAGGCAACUGUUUGUAAGGAAAAAAUUGGCUGGAGAAAUGAUUCAUUACAUCUGUUAGUGUUUGUGAGUGAUGCUGAUUCUCAUUUUGGGAUGGAUAGUAAAUUAGCAGGAAUAGUUAUUCCAAAUGAUGGAAAAUGCCACUUGGAUCAACAGAAUGAAUAUUCCAUGUCAACUGUUUUGGAAUACCCAACUUUAGGACAAUUGAUAGAGAAGAUUGUGCAAAACAACAUUCUAUUAAUUUUUGCAGUCACCAAGAAACAAGUUCAUUUAUAUCAGCAAUAUGCGGAUCUUAUUCCUGGAGCUACUGUUGGAACACUACAGCAUGAUUCUGGAAAUGUCCUCCAGUUGAUUAUAGAUGCAUAUAAGUCACUCAGGUCUGAGAUAGAGUUGGAGGUGUUGGGAGAUACAGAUGGAUUAAAACUUGAUUUCACUGCCAUCUGCAGCCAUGGCUCUGCCAUUCAACACCAGAAGAAAUGCUCUCAUAUUAAAGUCGGAGAACAGGUCACUUUCAAUGUGACUUUAAGUUUAAGCCCUUUGGCUUGUGGUGAAGGGAGAAGGAAAGUCCUAAUCAGGGCCACCGGUCUAAACGAAGCGUUGGAGAUCGAGAUCCAGCCCGAAUGCAGCUGUCAUUGUCAGAAGGAAGCGGAGGUGAAUAACUCCAAGUGCAACUACGGGAAUGGUUCUUUCGAGUGUGGGGUAUGUGUGUGUAACCCUGGCUACAUGGGUCCAGACUGUAAAUGCAGCGAAAAAGAUGCACUGAGUACAGAGUCCUGCAAACGUUUCCCAGAACAGAUCUUGUGCAGCGGAAGAGGCGACUGCUAUUGUGGACAAUGCAUUUGCCACCUUUCAGCAUAUGGAAAUAUAUAUGGGCCAUACUGUGAAUGCGAUGAUUUCUCUUGUGGCAGAUUUAGAGGGCUGGUCUGUGGAGGCAAUGGGAAUUGUGCCUGUGGUCAAUGCAUUUGCCACCAUGGCUGGAUAGGUGAAUACUGUAACUGUACCACGGAUACCGAAAGUUGUAUUUCUAAUGAUGGCAUCAUCUGCAGUGGGAGAGGAAAAUGUGUGUGUGGAAAAUGUGUAUGCACAAAUCCUGGAGUUUCAGGCAACAUCUGUGAAAAAUACCCUACAUAUGAUGAUCCUUGCAACUCUAAAUGGAGCUGUGUGGAAUGUUAUUUAGCUUCUGCUGAUCUACUGCAUCAGGAAGACUGCGCUGAAAAAUGUAAAUUGGUUGACGCAAUGAUCAGUCAUGAUGAAGAUAUUACGGAAGAUAAAUGGGUUCGUUGUGUGUUACAAGGGAAAAAUGAAUCUGUUGUCACAUUUCUGAUGACAGCUAAUGAACAGGGGAAAGUCAUCAUUCACAACAUAAAGCAAAAAGAUUAUCCACAGCCUCCAAAUAUUACAAUGAUUAUGUUGGGGGUUUCUACUGCAGUGGUCGUCACUGGGAUUGUUUUACUUUCCAUGUGGAAAUUAUUUAUUUCAUUUGAAGACCGUAAAGAAGUGGCUAAAUUUGAAGCAGAAAGGUCGAAGGCCAAAUGGCAAACGGGAACAAACCCCCUCUACAGAGGCUCCACAACAACUUUUAAGAAUGUAACAUACAAACAAAAAGAAAGGCAACGUGGCAGUCCUUGCAAUGCAUACUAAUAAUUCAAAAUUAUGAAGAAAAGUUUCGGAAAACUUUUAUUUAAAAAAAGGAAGUUUGCUCCGUUUUCUUCUAAAUUUGUUUGGAUGGGUGUAGUAAAAUUACUAUGGUGGUAUGGAAGUUUUAAGGUGAGAGCAUAUGUGCUUUUAAAAGUUGGACUGUUUUGGAACCAGGCAGGGAGCUGAGCAGCAGUAGAGGAGAUUAAAUGACAAAGAACCAUCUGGGCAUAUAGGAAUGCACCAAUUAAGCAUGACAUGAAAAUAAUAUCUGGUGCAAUUUUGCUGUAAUGAGAUUUGGGGAUUGGUCUGAAUGACCUUUCAAGAAACCCAUUUCAAGUAUUCCUUCUGAUCUCAAAGUAAUUCAAGAUGUUAGAACAAACCAUCUUCUCAAUCUCUGCUAAGGAGUUAUAGUUCAGCCAGUUUUGUCAGUCCCAGUCAGCAUUUUAUUGCAAGUUGAAGAUACACCUUUAGAGUAUUUGCACCUUAAAUAUUACCAGAUAAAGAAACAGAUUUCAGUUUUAAAAGAAAGAAAACCUUGGGAGAGAAAAAUGAUUUAUUAAUAAAGUACCCAGCACUUACAGCUGUAUUCUUAACCAUGGUGCAAUCUUAGGUAUUCUGUUUAGAAGUCCCAUGAAGUUAAAUGAGACUGUUUCCUAUGAAAUGUUUAGCCUCUAGAGUAGAGGUUGAUGGAUUGAGGAGAGCCAUGUUGACUACAGAUAAAUGAAGGUGGUGGUGAGGGAUAUGUUGCUGGCUAAGAACACAAUAUGUAUCGCCAUUUCUUUGGUACCUUUCAGAGUCUUCACCCAUUUGAUUUUUGUAUUGUAUCCAAUGGCAUCUCUGGUGAACAGCCAUUUUGCCCUCUAGGGCAGGGGUCAGCAACCCGCGACUCUGGAGCCACAUGUGGCUCUUUCAUCUGUUGUGGCUCCCUGUCACUGGUCAAAGGGGGAAGCAUGGCGCACCAGGAGGAGACUCUAUGGCAAGGGGCGGGUUUUCCAGUCGGCUCCACAAUUGAUAGGGCUUUCAGUUAAGACAGGUAGAGGAAAAAGGAUGCCACACUAUGAGGAGAAUCUAUGGUGGGGAAACCGAACUUCCGGUCAGCUCUAGAAUUGAACGGGGAGCUUCCGGUUAGGACCUUUGUGGUUAGGACCUGGUGUUUUCUUUUCUGUGGGAAACGGGUCCAAAUGGCUCUUUGAGUGCUUAAAGUUGCCGACCCCUGCUUUAGGGCAACCAGAAUACAUACCAUGUGCUUUCCAAAUUACAAUAUAUCUAAUGACCCCAAAUGUUGAGGACCUAUGAUUUAAGGGAGUUGUUUUUUUUCCAAAUAUGUAAAUAAGAUUUAAUACAGUGGGUCUCAAAGAUUUGCUAUGCUGCAAAUAUGGUUUUUGAUAAUGCAAAUUUUAAAAGAUUGUUUUUUUAAAAAACAGAGAGUAUGUGUGUUUUAUCCUGAAGCAUAUGUUUGAUAAUGGUGAUGGGAGUUUUUACUAUGAAUGUACUGUGCAUUUAAGACACUGGAAACGUCUGUUGUUUUUACUGAAAUGGUUUUGACCUAAGGCUGGACCUAAAAUAAGGCAAAAACAUUAUCAGUACCGUAAUAUUAUUAUUACUCUUUGGAGUCCUUUGGCAUUAUUUUCUAAUAUGCAAAUGGAACAGGUUUUUUUUUAAAGGAAUGUUAUGUUACAUUUUUAAUAUGUUGAUAUGUAAACUGAUUUUUUAAAUUGUUUUCACAUAGAUUCUGUGAUAUAAAAUGGAUUAGUAAAAGAAAGUCAAAUAUUUUGACUGAGAUUGAUUUUUACAAACCCUGAUAUCUAUAAACUGGUCUACAUUUUACCUGUGCAUGUUAUAUGAACCAGCUGGUGUGAUUAACUUACAGGUAGUCCUUGACUUAUGAUCAUUCAUUUAGUGACCAUUUUAAGCUACAAUGGCACUGAAAAAAGUGACUUUUGGGUGGCCCUUGCACUUAUGUCCAGUGCAGUGGCCUUACGGUACUUGAGUGCUAUUCAGGCACUUGGCAACUGGCAUGUAUUUAUGAGUGUUACAGUGUCCCGGGAUCAUGUGAUCACUAUUUGUGACCUUCCUAGCUGGUUUCCGACAAGCAGUCAAUAGGGAAGCCAGCAAAGAAUGUCACAAAUCAUGAUCAUGUGAGGUCUUGCUUAAAAAUUGCAGCGUGUUGCUUAACCACUGUGGCUAAAAAGGUAGAAUCAGGUGCAAUCAUGUGAUCCUUCACAUAAUGACCGUACCACUUAAUGAAAAUUUUCUGGUCACAAUUAUGGUUAUAAGUCAAGAACUACCUGCAAACUAUGGUUUAAUUCACUAAGGUUAAACAUCAGGUACAACCAUUCAACCUCCUUGAAAUUUAUUUUUAAACCCUCCUCCUCUGGUCAACUUACUAUUCCUGCAUAGAUGACCUCAUUGGUAGGGGACUGGAGGCUAAAACAUAUGAAGAAUGGUUGCAGGAAUUGGGUAUGUCUGGUUUAAUGAAAAGAAGGACUAGGGGUGACAUGGUAGCAGUGUUCCAAUAUCUAAGGGGCUGCCACAAAGAAGAAAGGAUCAACCUAUUCUCCCAAGCACCAGAAGGCAGAAUAAGAAGCAAUGGAUGGAAACUAAUCAAAAAGUUGAACCAACGUAGAACUAAGGAGACAUUUCCUGACAGAAGAAUUAAUCAGUGGAACAACUUGCCUCCAGUAUCUGUGGGUGCUCCAUCACUGGAGCUUUUCAAGAAGAGACUGGACAAUCAUUUGUCUGAAAUGGUACGGGAUCUCCUGGUUGAGCAGAGGUUUGGACUAGAAGACUUCCAAGGUUCCUUCCAACUCUGUUGUUUUGUUCUUCUAUUCUGGUAACCUGUGAUCUAAAUUGUCUAUUUAUUGCUUCUGAUUUAGUGGGUCACUGUAAAUUUCCCAGAGUUGGCUUCUUUCUUUCUUUUCUCAGCAGCCCAGACCUAUCUUUCAGAUGACUGAGAGACAUUUUGUGAAAUAAAGCUGAUGAGUCAGAAAGCUGAGGAGGAAGAAAGCAGGGCUGUACAUCAAUCAGACUGCCUUUCCUCAUGCUAUGAAAGAGAUACAUUACCCAAGUGGUUUUCUGUAACAUGACUAUUAAGUUUGUAUAUGAUAAAAAUAAAUGCAUAUGUUUAAAAA